UCAUACAAGUGACUGCUGUUAUCAAGAUGGCGCUGCGGCCAGGAUCUGGGGGAGGCAGCAGUUUUAUGUAUCCUGUUGGAGGGGGUUUGGGACCACCACAAGGCAUGGUUCCUAUGCAGCAACAGCAGCAGCAGCAACAGCAGGGCUUCCCCAUGGUUCCUGUCAUGCAGGCAAAUAUGCAAAGCAUGAUGGGAAUGAACUUUGGGGGACAGAUGGCUCCAGGGGCCAUGCCUAUGCAGGGUGGGAUGGCUAUCGGCAUGCAGACCCCCGGGAUGCAGUUCUUGGGUCAGCCACAGUUUAUGGGUAUGAGACCAGCUGGACCCCAGUACACAGCCGACAUGCAAAAACAAAUGGCAGAGGAGCACCAAAAACGUCUAGAGCAGCAGCAGAAGAUGCUAGAAGAGGACAGAAAAAGGAGACAGUUUGAGGAGCAGAAACAGAAGCUGAGGCUGCUCAGCAGUGUCAAACCCAAGACAGGAGAAAAGAGCCGUGAUGAUGCUUUGGAGGCAAUCAAAGGCAAUCUGGACGGCUUCAGCCGAGAUGCUAAGAUGCACCCGACUCCAUCAUCGCAGUCCAAGAAGCCAGACUCAUCGCCAUCACACCCGUCUGUCACCACUCACUCCCUCCCCCCAGCUUUGUCCGAGGACAAUGAUGAGUUUAGUGACUUUCAGGGGCCAGUAGACGCCCCCACCUCUUUCCCUCCACCCUCCUCCACCUUGGGCCUCUCCUCUCAGGCCCACGCCCAGCCUUCGUCCUCUGCCUCUCAGACAGGUUUCUCUGAGGACGAUGACGAGUUUAGCGACUUUGUUCAGGGUCCAGUAAACACUCUUCCUUCCUCCAACACCACCCACCUCUCCUCACAGGUUCAACCUUCAUCCCCCUCACUGAGGCCAGGUCUGUCCUCCUCUCCCUCCCCCUCCCUUCCUCAGUCCCUUCCUGCCUCUGUGUCCGUUCCCACUGUCACCCAACACUCUGCUGUCAUCACCAGCUCCCAAUCUACAUUUCAAGGCCCAUCCCUGGAAGAGAAGCUUUUCUCCUCGUGUGAUUUCACUGCUGAUAAGACGGCCCAGCUUAGCUUUAAGUCUAAGCAGAGUUUGGCUGGAAUGAGUCCUAGAGCCAAAGUCUCAACCCAGUUUCAGUCCAGCACUAAAGCCAGGAACUGGGCUCAGGCCCCCGAGGACUUGAGUUCUGUCUUCGUCUCAGAAAAACUACCUGAAGCUCUGGUGUCAACAGCGCCCAGCAUCCCCCCACAGACUGCUGACUCAUCUCCUCACAGCAGUAGUGACAGUGCAGGUGUUGGCGUGUAUCCACAACAAGAGCAUAUCCAGCCCAUGCUGCCCGCCUGGGUUUACAACGACAGCCUCGUCCCAGAAAUGUUCAAGAAAGUUCUCGAAUUCACCAUGACGCCAGCAGGGAUAGACACAGCCAAGCUGUACCCGAUCCUGAUGUCAUCAGGUCUUCCCAGGGAAGCUUUGGGGCAAAUCUGGGCAUCAGCCAACCGCACAACACCUGGCAUGCUGACCAAGGAGGAGCUCUACACCGUUCUUGCACUAAUUGGUGUGGCGCAGAGCGGCCUUCCAGCUAUGAAUGUGGAAAUCCUCAGCCAGUUCCCUUCUCCACCCGUCCCCAACCUGCCUGCCUUGGCUAUGGCCAUGGCCCCUGUCAUGCCCCAGCACCAGCAGCCCAUGAUGACCCAGCCACAGGUCUCCAUGGCGAUGCCCACACCAGCACCCCCACCACCAGUUAUGGCCAUGACACCCGCAGCUCCGGCUCAAGCACCCACAAACACCAACUUCAUCGCCAGUUUCCCCCCUACACAGGUCAGUAAGACAGAUGAUGAUGACUUCCAGGACUUCCAGGAGGCUCCAAAAGCAGGAGCAGACCCUGCCUUUUCUGAAUUCAAAGGAGAUUCAGGAGGAGGUUUCCCCAGCACCAUUGCACCUCAGCACCAAAACAACGCUCCUGCCAUGCUGACUCCAGUGUCUGGUUCUUCAUCUGCCUCUGUCGCCUCCUCUGAUAAGUACGCUGUGUUCAAGCAGCUGUCUGUGGAUCAGCCCGCAGAGCUGACACCUCCUGCAUCAGACUCUGGAGACAAAUACAGCGUCUUCAGACAGCUUGAGCAGCCCACUGACAAGAAACCAGUCGGUGAAGGAUUUGCAGAUUUCAAGUCUGUCAGCGCUGAUGAUGGAUUCACAGACUUUAAAACCGCCGACAGCGUUUCUCCAUUAGACCCCUCAGAACAGGCCAAGAUCUUUCAACCUGCCUUUCCUCCUGCUUUCCCAACCUCUCAGUCUCUACAACAGCUACCACAGCAGCCAGCAGCGUCUCUAUCUCAGCCCAAAAAUCCUCUCAACAUGGCCGACCUGGACCUUUUCUCUUCUAUAGCUCCCUCUGUCCCAGCCUCCUCUGAGACAAAGCCCACCACGUUCCCCUCAGUGUCCGUGCCCCCAUCUCUAGUUCUCCUACCAGGUGGAGCCAAACCUCCAGGAGCGGGAGCAGAUGAUUUUGGUGACUUUGCCCUCUUUGGCUCCUCCUCUGACGCUGCUCCGGCUUCAGCAGCAGGAGGCGCUGUGGCUGCCCCUCAGGACGACUUUGCGGACUUCAUGGCAUUUGGCAGUUCUGGUGGGGAGCCUAAAGGCGAGAGCAGUGUAGGUGUCCAAGGGGAGACCUCAACCCAGCAGCGGCCACAGCAGAGCUCAGACAAGUACGACGUAUUCAAACAGCUGUCUCUGGAGGGGGGUCUGGCAUAUGACGAUACGAAAGAAAGCGGAGGAGGGUCCUUUUCUUCGCUAAAGAGUGAUACUGAUGACUUUGCUGACUUUCAGUCCUCAAAAUUCUGCACAGCACUCGGGGCUUCGGAAAAGACUCUGGUGGACAAGGUGUCGGCUUUCAAACAGGGCAAAGAGGACUCUGCCUCUGUCAAAUCCCUGGACCUCCCAUCCAUUGGGGGGAGCAGCGUAGGAAAGGAUGACUCAGAGGACGCUCUCUCAGUGCAGCUCGACAUGAAGCUGUCGGACAUGGGCGGAGACCUGAAGCACGUGAUGUCGGACAGCUCUCUGGAUUUGCCGGGGCUCUCUGCUCACCAGCCCCCCGCUACAGAGGGAGAUGACAUGAAAUUUGACCCAUUCGGGACGUCGGCCCUCAGCACCCUGUCCAGCUAUGACUGGUCAGACCGGGAGGAAUGUCUGCCCGGGGAAGUCAGAAAGCCACAGAGUUUGGAGGGAGCUUCUCUUUCGUCUUUAGCUCCGGCUCAGAGGACAGAGCUGACCUUUGGCAGCUCUGAAAACAUCACAGGAAGCUCCGCGGCAAAGAUCACCACCUCCCUCCCCGCAGAAGACGGCUCCUCGACAGACGACAAGUUCGAAGCCUUUGCUGAUUUUGGCUCUGGUGAACACAGAGGUGUUGAUGACGAGGACGACUUUGGAGACUUUGCAAGUACUAUUUCGGAAAAGUCAGACUCACCUCCCGCCAGCACCGAGGCAGGCUCUGAGGGAAAUCUAGGUGAGGCCGCUGAUGAGUUUGGAGCCUUCCAAGGGGACAAACCCAAGUUUGGGAAGUCUGACUUCCUGAAAGCAAGCGCUCAGCCCAAAGUCAAGUCCAGUGAAGAGAUGAUCAAGAACGAGCUGGCAACGUUUGACUUGUCUGUUCAAGGCUCCCACAAAAGAAGUCACAGUUUGGGCGACAAAGAAAUCGGGCGUUCACCUCCUUCUCCAGCUCCAGAGCAACCCUUCAGAGAUCGGUCAAACACCCUGAGCGAAAAGCCUGUCCUGCCUGUCAUCAGGGACAAGUACAAGGACCUGACCGGGGAGGUGGAGGAGAGCGAGCGCUACGCAUACGAGUGGCAAAGGUGUCUGGAAAGCGCUCUUGAGGUCAUCACCAAAGCGAACAACAUCCUGAACGGCAUCAGCAGCUCCUCCGUCUGCACCGAGGUCAUCCAGUCUGCUCAGGGCAUGGAGUACCUGCUGGGUGUGGUGGAAGUGUAUCGCGUCACCAGGCGAGUGGAGCUGGGUAUAAAAGCGACAGCUGUGUGCUCUGAGAAGCUACAACAGCUGCUGAAGGACAUCAGCCGUGUGUGGAACAACCUCAUGGGCUUCAUGUCGCUCGCCAAGCUUGCUCCUGAUGAAAGCUCGCUGGAUUUCUCCUCCUGUAUUCUGAGACACGGCAUCAAGAACGCCAAGGAGCUGGCUUGUGGGGUGUGUCUCCUCAACGUUGACGCUCGCAGCAAGAACAAAGAAGGAAGCACUAUUGGACGUCUGUUUAAACGAGCUCGGACUAAAGACAAUAACAGGCGGGCGUUCAACUCGGAGACGGACAACUUCAAGCUACUGUACGGGGGCCACCAAUACCACGCCAGCUGUGCCAAUUUCUGGAUAAACUGCGUGGAGCCCAAACCCCCCGGCCUCAUACUACCUGAUCUGCUAUGAGCUUUGGCCGGUGCUGCCGUGGCAACAGGACACAGCUGAUCAUCAGAUAGGUGGACUGACGACUCACUCGCUCUGCACGCGCUCUCACCUUGAACUGUGAGCGAGAGGAGGACAUUGAAACACUGGAUCCCUUUGUAUUUAUUAGGUUUUAUCUGCUGCCCCUCACUCUGAGUUCAUCGUUUCAUCUAGUGUUUUUGUUUCACGUGAUUUACCUAAAGUGUAUGCUUCACUUGUUAUGGUUACAUUCAGAUCAAUAAAUAAUUACCCUUUGAACAUCAAUACCAUGUACACAUACAUUUACAUUGCUAAAAAACAUCCUGACUGGCUGAUAUUUAUUAAAUUAGGUGUGCAGUAUUUUAAACAAUACUGGCAAAAGUCUGAGUUUUGAGUUUUAAUAGUAACUUCUGUUUGCAAAUGAUUUUUCUCAUUAUUCCUUUUGUUUUCACUGAUGCAAAGCUGUUAAAUCAUAAGCCUAUUACUCUACUUGAAUCAUAUUUGUUGGUCUGUUAGAUGAGACUCUGUGGCUGUUCUGGUUUUAAUCUCUCUAAAUCUCAUGAAUCACUCUGACUGGCAGGUGUCUACAUUUAUAUGAAUUGUGUUGAGUUAACUGGUUUGGGCGUUUCUUUGCACUGCUGAGGAGGUUUCACACCUCCUGGAGUAUUUAAAUUGUUUAUUUUAUUGGGAACAAAAAGUUGAUUUUGGGGACUUGAAGGGAAUCGUGUACGGUUGUGUUUUUUUGUCUUGGUGUUGUGUGCAAUUAGAGCUGAAAGUCGAGAAGAAAGAAGUUGACUGUGAUUCUGAACUAAAAAUGGCAGCAGCACUUUUUGUACAUUGAAGUGUCAGGCUGUAGCAUUGUCAUUGAGACAAACUGUAAUGUGAAUGUUAUGUAAAUAAAUAUGUAUACGUCUUA